UCAAUCGUAGUUCGUUUAUUUAUUUACUAGUUAAGUCUCAUGACAUGAUCUUGAACAGUUAUGCGAUUUGUUGUGAAUGUUUAACUCCAAUAAUUAAAGUAUCCAUAUUUCUCAUUGAAAAUUUUGCAACUUUCUUUAUAGUUUUUUGAACAUCUACUGUAAACAUUUAGGAGGAAAUUGUUCUUUAUAUUCCGUACUGACUUACACGAUGAAUGAAGCAGAUGAUAAUGUGUUAGCUUCUACUUUGAGGUGUUCAGAUUUCUCACUGAAAGUUAGCAACCCUUGCAAACUGCUCGAGCUUUACACGUCACUUGUUGAUUUGAAUGUGGUUGAACUUCAAAAGAAGAUAAAUAAAUAUAUAGAGGAAGAAACAAAAGUGAAAUGUGCAUUCUUUAUAUACUUGGACCAAACAUCUCAAGAUGGAAUAAUCCAAGUUGUUGGCAGCAAGGAGCUUGAGAAAGAGUUCCGAUUUGUAGUGACGGAGACAGUGUUAAAACAGUGUUUAUUCACUCUUCAAGCAACAGCUAUUGAGUUAUCCCAGCUGGGAAGUGAACUGAUGCGUGUCGUAUGCUCUGACGGUCAACUGGACAACUUGUACUGUGUGCCCAUCAAUAACAUCAGCAGGGGUCUGGUGCUGCUCUACUGCCUGGGCGGGUACACCCCUGGACUGGAGUAUGACUACACAUUACAUGUUACUGAGUGUCUCAGACAUUGCCUUGGAACUGUCCUGAAUACAUUGGCUUAUGAAGAGCAAAAACGACUUCAUUUACGGUGUUAUUCAUUGCUGAAAGGUGCUCGAAAUCUUAUAACACAUUUAGGAGAUGUAACAGACCUGCUCAGAGAGAUCAUGACUGAAGCUCGCAAGCUGACCAAUGCUGAGAGAUGUUCCCUGUUCUUGCUGGAUGAACAGGGAGAUCUAGUCUCUAAGGUUUUUGAUGGUUUCAAAGCAUCUGAGCCUGUGGAGGAAGUGAGAAUCAAAGCAGGGCAGGGCAUAGCAGGGCAUGUGUCACAGUCUGGGGUUCUAGUCAACAUUCGGGAUGCCUACAACCAUCCUCUCUUCUACAGGGAUGUGGACAAGCACACUGGCUUCCGUACCAGGAACAUCUUGUGCUUUCCCAUUGUUGACGAGUCUCAAGUGAUUGGUGUAGCUGAACUGGUCAACAAAGUGGAUGGAACACAUUUUGACCAGUUUGAUGAGGAGGUUGCUAUGGCUUUCAGCGUCUACUGUGGCAUCAGCAUCAUGCAUAGCUUGGUCUACAAGAGGAUACAGGACGCUCAAGCCAGGAGUAAACUGUCAAACGAGCUCAUGAUGUACCACAUGAAGAUAGAUGAUGAAGAUGUUCAAAGACUGUUGGACUGCAAAGAAACCCACGAUUUUCCAAAUUUCUCCAGUUUUAAGUUCAAUCCACGAAGUGUUCCAGUCAGUGAAACUCCUUGUCUCUGCCUCAAGAUGUUUGAGGAGAUGGGAUUCAUCAAGCACUUCAACAUUCCUGUACAUACUUUGUGCAGAUUCAUUUUGUUCGCAAAACGAGGCUACAGGAAUACACCAUACCACAACUGGUCUCAUGCCUUUGCUGUUCUUCACUUUGCCUUUAUCACUAUGAAGAACUGUAAACUGAUGGAGAGGAAACAUUUGACGCCUCUGGAGGGGUUGGCACUACUGGUGUCGGCAAUGUGCCAUGAUAUAGACCAUCGCGGCACCACCAACCAGUUCCAGGUCCACUCUGGUAACUCCCUUGCUCGACUCUAUAGUUCCGAGGGGUCAGUCAUGGAGAGACACCAUGUUUCUCAGACAAUGUGUAUCCUCAACACUGAAGGCUGCAACAUUGUCGCACAUCUAGACGAGGCUGUGUUCAAACAGUUCAUUGACCUCAUCAGUCAGAUGAUUCUCGCAACAGACAUGGUAGUCCACUUCAAGAUGUUGAAAGAGGAGAAACAGAUGGCUGUGUCUGGGUUUGAUGAGAACAAUGAGCGACAUCGGGAGUUGUUGCGUUCAUUGAUCAUAUCUUGUGCUGACAUCAGUGAUCAGACCAAAGACUGGGCAAUGUGUGUUCGUGUCGCUAAACUAAUAUACAACGAAUUUUUCACUCAAGGAGAUAUGGAAAAAGCAAUGGGUGUUGAUCCCAUGGAAAUGAUGGACCGAGAGAAAGCGAAAAUCCCUGAUCUUCAAGUGGAAUUUUUAUCACAUGUUGUUGUACCUGUGUAUGAAGUACUGAUUUCUCUGUAUCCAGAGACAAACCCAUGCCUGGACAGCAUCCAGAAUAACUUAGUCUGUUGGCAGAAGGCCAUUCCUUACUUCCAGGACCAAACAAAGGAUGGAAAGUCAGCAAUGGAGAUCCUCUCUGACUCCAAACUAGACAACAUACUUGACUGGUCUCUAGAGGAAUGACUUUAAUAUGGUAACAACUUCAACAAAAUGCCAAGAUUCCUUCUUACCCAUUAUCUAUUUUAUCUUGUUGAUGCAUAGUAGAAGUACCUUUUUAGUAAACUAUCUGAUGCAGCCUGAAUAAAAUAUAAACAUGUACCGUAGUAAAUGCAAUAAUUUGAAUAGCAACUGUUGUUGAAGCUCAGAACCAAAAGCAAAAGGUACUAUUACGAGCUUACUUGGUAGAGGUAAUUUUACUUGUGUUCAGUUCACAAUGAACAGACAAAGGAUACUAUUUUAAGUAAUUAGCACAAUUUAUGACUGUUAUUCUCUCUUGUUCUUGUUAUUGCUAAAAGUACGUUGUUAUAUAAAUUUUCCUUAGUUUUCCUGCAAUUUGAUCUCUUUAUAGUAAAUACAACAUGUAGUUCCUUUGUAGUAUUUAUUCUGGUCUGUGUUUGGAUUAAAAUGCUAAGAAAAAACUAUUGCUACUCAGCUGUAGUCUUAAAUGGUGUUCAUAAGUGUCUCUUCAGUUCCUGUUAAAUGUUUCAUAAUACUAGACGAGACCACUGACGUGACACGAGUCUGAGUACAGUGUAAAGAUUCUAAAACACAUUGAACUAGCGUAGUAGCAUGCGAUUAAAUGAAAACAUUGUAAAGUAUAUACUCACGAUGUUCCCUCUGAGUUAUAAACUCUGUAACAUUAAACCUAAUGAUGUUGGUUCAAGUGACAGCAUGAUAUAAACCUAGCUAAUCCAAGCUACCCACUAACAUACAGUUGAAUGAGAAACUCACCCUAAUGAAAUUAACUUUCACGUAAAGGUCAGGUUUUCACUACUGCUCAUGUCACUGCAGGUGAUGUCUUAGUUUUUAUACAUUGUACCACAAGAUAAGUGAUCAUCCUGUUGGUAAGUACCCGACAUAAUGCAACGAAAGUCUACCGAACUUACUAUAACUUCUUUCCCGGAUUAGUGUCCUUUGUAACUUUGCUACACUUUGACAUAAAAUCAAUAGAGUUCUUCCAUGGACCAAGAUAAACCUUUGUAGCAAGUUUGAAGUCUCUAGGACCUUUCUAUUAAAAGUUACCUAUCGUAUAGAUGGACAGACAUACAUAGAACAUAACAGUUUUAAAAAGUAACUGCUGGGUCCUUAAUAAUCAAUAAAUGUAUUUAUGCCCAUCCACUGGAGGUGAUAGUUUAUUAUUUCGCUAAACGAUUAAUUCUUUUAUGAUAAAUGACUGGUCGGAUUAUUAAUUGGGCGAAAAAGUACAAUAUUUGUACAUCAUAAAAUUAUAUGAUGGAACUUUAUAAUAUAAUUUCAAAGUUUAUAUUAAGGAGAUCUAAAACAUUCCAGUAUAUUUUUAUGUGUCUUAGAAUCUAUUAAAUUACAUUUAAAAAGACUAAAUUUGUAAGAAACAUUUGUAUUCUUCUUAGCUUUUAUAAUAAUUUGUUGAACGCUCUAUUUCUGUAAUAAAUAUUGUACCUGUAGUCAGACUGGCAAUGAAUUGAAGGUUGUAAUAGAAUUUAAUAUCAUGUUUUCUGUGAGAUACCUGUGCCUUGUAUUGUUGCUUUCAUUGAAACUUGUAUUUCAUAAUAUGUAUUACAGAUUUUUACUAUAAAAAACCCACUUUAAAACUAAUAAUAUUGUUUGAAAAUCUAUUAUAAGUAUGAUUAUAAUUUGAAUGUUGUGGUAAAUAGUAUUCAUCCUUAAUUCCUAGUUUCUUCUUUUCUGGACAAGAUAUAAACAGUGUAAAUAUUCGGCAACCAGAUAAAUUUUGGUAAAAAUAAACUAUUAAUUCACACUGUUAGUUCCACUCUGAUUUAAGUGGAACCUUCUAUAUUCAAAUUAGAAUAUACAUUUUCUCCUUCAAAGUUUAAAAAUAUGUAUGGUUGCAAUGCUUAGAAAAAGAAUAACAACUGAUGUUACUUUUAGUUGAAUCCCAUUAGAAGUUAUGUUCAAAUCAAUCCCUUAUUUUUGUUUGAAAAAUUACAGUUCAUAUGCAAACAAGAGACCCAAUAUCUUAGUUUUUCUCACCUUUGAAAUAGUACGUAAGAACGACACUAGGGAACAUAAACAACAGUAAUACUGAUUAUUUGAAUAAACUCGUGAUGGACAGUUAGAAACCAUCAUUAACUCUUUUGGGAUCAAAUGGUUAUAACCAUCAGUACUCUUGUAACCACUUUCAACUACUCUUCAACAGGUUAAAUAUUUUCAACUUAAUCAAAUACCGUAUUGUAAAACUCGGGUGAUUUUAUAUUUGUAAUCUCUGUUUAUUGCGGUACACUAUUCCCAUUGCUAGAUUGGAUAGUAAGAUACAAAUAUAAGAACAAAAUCAAACUGUAUCCAUAUUAACUAAAAUUAACAUGCCUUGUGCUUUUCAAUUUAAAGAUUAUUAAUACUCUGGAUCUCUAAAUUUAUAUUACAGCAGAUUUUAUAUUAAUUAAUUGUUUUAGAGAAACUCAUGAUCAUUUUCCAAUAUGAUAUGUUCUGUUAGAGCGAUGUACUACGUUCAAUACUGCUCAAUUAAUUUAAAUUUAAUAGUCCUUCUAGCACAGAAAAGUAGGUACAUUAUGUGACAACUGAAAUAUUAAUAUCUAUUUCUUAUGGAAUUUACAUGUAAUCGAUAUCUCAAAACCAUUUAAGUUCUAAAAAUUAUUUACUGCAAAACGUUUAGGAAAUGUUAUAGGCACUCCAGAGCACUUUAUUUUUUCUCUAGGUCCAUUAAUAACUAAGCUGUAAUUUCAAAAAUUGUAAAUAGCCACCAAAUUGGACUGAAAUGGCUGACAAAUGAACGUGGCCGAGGUAUUUAUAAGAUCAAUUUUUAUACCAAGUUUGAGGUUGUUUCAGCAUUUCAUUCACCAAUUUUUACUUGACUGAAAAAUUCUUCUGGGAUUUACUUGUAAUCGAUAUCUUGAAAACCUUGUUUAAUAGAAAAAAAUUUGUUUGGGAAAUGUUUUAAGCAUUCAAGAGCAGUUUUUUUUUUCUCUAGGUCUAUAUAUAACAGAGUGAUAAUCCAAUGUGGCUAAAAGUUAUUCAGUUUUCCAACUGAAAAUAGCAUUGUAGCCAUUUAUCUGGCUUUAAAAAAAAACAUCGUAGGCUUGGUUUAAAAUGAAAUUUUAAAAGCAAUAAGCCUGUUCUAAAGGUGUUGUAUAACCAUUUGUUUUAUGUACAAACUACUUUAAUUUAUUGUUGUAUACUUAGGUCAAUAGGAAUUUCUUAGCCCUCAGUCAGGCACACAUAAUUGGUCGCAGUGUAUCAGAUUAAAAAAAUUUAUCUAAAGCCUCAUUUUCACUUUUAUAGAAUGUUUUCACUUAAAUAUGCAAUUUUGUGCUUUGACAAAUUUUCUUUGUAAAACUGAUGUAAAAAUGAUGUAAUUGUUUUAUAUGUGUAUAUAUACAAUUUCAAGAAAGAUCGAUGAACAAAAAGUACUUGCUCUGUCGGGAUUCUAACCUGGAUAUUUUACUUGCUGGCCCAGAAUGCUGACUAUUACAUCAUAGAGCUCUUGUACUUUUUGUCCAUAAAUAAUUUUUUAUUUGGCUCUAUUCUGUCGCACACACAUACGUAAGAGUUCCGGGUUCGAGUCCAGGUGGAACAUGUACUUUUUGUGAAUAAGUAGUCUAUUGAAAUUAAAUUAGGCUAUUACCAUUUUUACCAAUUUAAGGAAUUUUGAACGUUGUUUGAUAGGUAUUUGGUCUUCCGAUAAUACAAGUAUGUUAGUUUUGUUUUUUAAAUGCAUGUAACAGAAAUGCCCAAGUACAAAAUAAUUGAAAUGUAAAAAUUAAGGGCUCUGUGUUGUAGUGGAGCACGCUCGCCCAGCAAGUACAUUUUGUGUAUAUAAUUACAUUAUACUACUUUUACUUAUUGCCUUAUCAUUUUGAAAUUUAUCAAUAUUUUAUAAGUGAAGUUUAGCACUUAUAUUUUAGUGUGUAGUAUAAAAUGGAAUGUGUACCUGCAGUGCACCUGUAUGAUACAUUUUGUUCAAUGUUCCUUAUGAUAACUUUAUCAUUCAGUCUGUGAUGAGGUAUGAGAAAUUACUUUGAAGAAGAAGGUGCUUUAUGUGUAACAUGUAAGAAAACGGAGGAACAAUUUCUUUUGUGUAUCUUUGUGAUAAAUUGCGACCAACCUCCUUGUACAAAAACUGAAGGCUAUGAAAUUGUGUUUAUCACAGUAUUCCCUUAUUUUGAGUAAAAACGUUUUAAUAAGCAACACUGUGUAGUAUUAAAAUAUUUGUACACUUUUAGUCUGUUCCUUUUGUUUGUUUGUUUAAUAACAUUAAUUUUAAUGAUUGUAAAUCUGGAUCAUAUUCAGCAUUCCUUUAACAAACGUUUAAGACAACUUGUUAAGAGAUAAUUUUAUUGUUAAUUUUAUUUAACAAACUGUUCCACUAGUCAGUACAAAAAGGAAAUAUUGGUGCUUUUAAAAUCCUAAUUGUUUUUGUUGUUAUAUUUUAUUUUGUUUUGUUUCAAUGUGGUUAAUUUUUUAGGUUCUAUCUGUAUUGCCAGUUUAGUUUAUUUUAUACUAUAUUAAGUGGGUCUUGUGAGAAUUGUUACAAUUUGCGAUGGAUUUGCAUCUAUUUUUAAUUUAUGUUUAAGAAUAAUUUUGUAAGAAUAUAACAGUGGUUGUAUUGUCAAUAUAACGUUUAGAUGAUUUUAUAUAGUAAAUUUAAAUAUUUACAGUUAA